UACUUUGUAGUUUGUGUGACAGCUCUGUGAGCGGGCGCUGCGUGGAUAUUUGGUCAUUUUUGGCUUCAGUCCGAAACCGAGGGGGACGUUUCUGUGAGCGGGGCCUGCGGGCUGAAGGGCUGAGACCGGGCGAGCGAGUCUGAUUCAGAGGCCGAGGCAGCGAGCAGCGGGUCAGCCCGGGACCAGAAGCCCGCCUUGGAGGGCUCCACUCUGGGGGAGCCAGCGGCUGAUGCUGCGCUAGUUCACUGUUCUGAACACAGUUUACUGGAAAACAACAUCCAGAGACCAUGUCACACACAGGACCACCCCCUCGAUGGAGGAACUGCCCUAGGAGAGGACAACCUGUGGCUGGUAAAUUCUUACCAAUGAAAACAAUGUUGGGUCCCAGGUAUGACGACUCAGUUCCAGAGGAGAACAGGUUCCACCCAAGUAUGCUGUCCAACUAUCUUAAAAGUCUGAAGGUGAAGAUGGGUUUGCUUGUUGAUUUGACGAACACCACACGCUUUUAUGAUCGUGCAGAGAUUGAAAAAGAAGGGGUCAAAUAUGUGAAGCUUCAGUGCAAAGGUCAUGGGGAAUGUCCCACUGCAGAGACGACGGGGAUGUUCAUCAGGUUAUGUGAGCACUUCAUGCAAAAGAAUCCUACUGAACUCAUUGGUGUCCACUGUACCCACGGCUUCAAUCGGACAGGCUUUUUGAUCUGCGCCUACCUAGUGGAGAAAAUGGACUGGAGCAUUGAGGCAGCCGUGGCGGCGUUUGCCCAGGCCCGCUCUCCUGGCAUCUACAAAGGAGACUACCUGAAAGAGCUCUUUCGUCGAUAUGGUGACGUAGAUGACACGCCCGCUCCUCCCCAGCUCCCUGACUGGUGCUUUGAAGAUGACAAUGACGGUGAUGUUGAUGAUGACGGGAAUGUAAUUAGUCAGGAGUCUGGACCGAGCUCGUCAGGCUCCAACCCAGGCAAGAAGAAGAAAGAGAAACUAAAACUGGGGGCUGUAUUCCUGGAGGGUGUGUCGGUCAAAGGAGUGAAUCAGGUGACUACGCAGCCUAAGCUGGGACAGGUGCAGAGGAAAUGCCAGGAGUUCUGCGAGUGGCAAAAGUCUGGGUUCCCUGGCGCUCAGCCUGUGUCUAUGGACAGGCAGAACAUUCGUCUGAUGGAGCAGAAUGGCUACAAGGUUAGCUGGAAGGCAGAUGGAACACGGUAUAUGAUGUUAAUUGAUGGAAAAGACGAGGUGUACAUGAUCGACAGAGAUAAUUCUAUCUUCCACAUAUCCAACCUGGAGUUUCCCUUCAGAAAAGAUAUGAACGCCCACCUUACCAACACGCUGCUGGACGGGGAGAUGAUUAUCGACAAAGUGAAUGGACAGCCAAUCCCACGCUAUCUCAUCUACGACAUCAUUAAAAUUAAUGGCCAGCCGGUCGGUCAGUGUGACUUCAGCAGACGGCUUUUGUGCAUAGAGAAGGAAAUAAUCUUCCCUCGUUCAGAAAAAAUAAAGAUGGGACAGAUCGACAAAACGAAGGAGCCGUUCAGCGUGAGGAACAAACCAUUCUUCGACAUUAACGCAGCACGGAAGCUUCUGGAGGGCAGCUUCACCUCCCAGGUCAGUCAUGAAGUGGACGGCCUUAUCUUCCAGCCCAUCGGGAAGUACAGACCGGGCCGGUGUGAUGAUAUUCUGAAGUGGAAGCCUCCCAGUCUCAAUUCCGUGGAUUUCCGACUGAAGAUCUCUAAGGUUGGAGGAGAAGGGUUGAUCCCUCAGACUGUCGGGCUGCUGUAUGUGGGGAACUACGAUGUGCCCUUUGCACAGAUGAAGGUCUCAAAGGAGCUGAAGCAGUAUGAUAAUAAGAUCAUCGAGUGUACGUUCAAAAAUAACACCUGGGUGUUCAUGAGGCAGAGAGUAGACAAGAGCUUCCCCAACUCCUAUGAUACAGCAAUGGCUGUCUGCAACAGUAUCCAGUAUCCGGUCACUAAGGCAAACCUCCUGGAGUUCCUGGACCGCUGUGCCCAGUGCCAGACCCGAAAACACCCUUCAGACCUGGACACCCAGCUCAUGCCCCCUCCCCCUCCAAAGAGACCCAACCACGGCCUGCCAUAGCGCGGGAGAGGGACAGGUUUGAGGUUGAGCUUGUGUAGCAGAUUUUUUUUUUGUGUUUUUUUUUUUUUUUUUUUUGUGUUUUAUUUUUAUCGUUUUUUUAUUUGGAUCUCCAAAUCUCCGUCAUCGCUCAUCACCGAUGAUCACACGUAAGAGAAGCAGACCGUGGCAUUUGAGAGACAUUUGCAUCGUUACAUUUCACAGCUUUGCCCCUUUCCAAAACUCUCGAUUACCAGACAGCAGACAGCAGAUGCUGCGCUGCUUUGAAAUCGCUCUAAAACGUUUGUGUGGAGACCUUCUCUGAGCUCUCACUGCUAAGAGAAAGGCAUGGAUUAAAUAAUAAAUAAAUAAAUAAAUAAAUGGCUUACAAUGACAUCUGUUUACCUCAGUUUUCUUUAUUUAUUUCUCUUGCGUUCAGCCUUUUUGUGUUGUUGUCGCUUUGAACGUUUUUGGCUCCAAAAAAAAUCCAGCUUCCUGUUGUCAAGAGUUCCAAAGCUACUGUCUAUGCAGAUUUUUUUUUUCCCCUUGUUUGUUUGUGUGUAUUUGUUUUGUUUUCCACAGAGACCAGCAAUAAGAACUAGUUCAACCAACAGCUGCUCUGUUCUCACGGUACAGAACCAAGAGUGUCCGUGACCAGCGAACACCACCGCUGUGCACCGCUCUUACCUUUUUUCUUACCCGUCACUCGUGUUACAUCACGAGUCAGUCACAGAAGCAGACGUUUCCCUGAUAUGGAUUCAGCGUGCAGCAGGCUUUGGUACCUUGUUCCAGAAUCCAGCUCUAUAGUUAGCUGAGGUGACCUUUUCUUUCAGAUGUGAUUCUCAUCACGCCAUUGGCCCGUUCAUCCGAACGAGGAGGCCUCUUGAACUUCCUUCUCGAUUAGUGCAGUCGGAGGAUACGAGGGACCAGACUAUCCUGUCUCUUCUGAUUUAAAGACUCCCUGUUUGGCAUUCGCUUUAGAAAUGCCAGAAUCAGCAGUGAAACAGUCCCAGGUCUUCAACAAAAGAUGGAGGGAAAAAAAAGAAAAGAAACAAGUGCAAAAUCUCCUGACCUAUAAAAUCCUGUGUUACAUAUCAAGCUCAAUAAAGGGUCAAAUGGUAACAGUUCCAGACUGCAGUACUAUGAUAAGAUAAGAGUUUAUUAAUACACAAAGGGAAAUUAAAGACUACAGUGUGCUGUAAAUAUGCUGGAACCAAUGCUUUUCAUAACUGCUAUUUGAACAAUAGAGAAACUGAACAGUAGGACUGACCCACCCUGACUAAGGAUUAUCUAAGACUAAUCACUGCCGCCUCCCCCAAACAUAUUAUAUAUCGAAAUAUUCUUCAGUUGGAUUGUUAUUGCUAAAGAUAAAAUAAAACACACAAACAACUGUCAGGUGUCAGUUGCCAUCAGACUGUUGGUGAGCAUCAGUGGAUGUCACCUGUAGUUAUGUGCAUGGUUUGGCACCCUGGGGACUCUAGUCAGCCCUUGUCAGCACUGUUUUGUCAGCACUGAUUUUGUCUGCUCUGAAAAAUAAACCGUUUUUGGUUUCAUGAAGAAGCAUUUUUCUUUACAAAAACGGUUCUUUAUGUAUCCAAUGGAUUUUUAGCUGAUGGCGUUGCUGCUGAUGUGACCUUUUAUGACAGCUCACGUAACUAUUCAUAAACAUUCAUAAAGGCUUUUAAAUGAUGCCACUUAUUAAAGUGUCACUGUUAUGAAAUAGGAAGAAAGCAACUCAUUGGCAUCUUACAGAAAAUAGAAGGAUAAAGAGUUCAGCUGCUUUGCUGUUCUCAUUUUGGAAAAUAUAUUACAUACUGUUUCCCAACAAUUCCCAACUGUUUCCCAUUCCCAACAAUAAGACUAUUGUUAAAUUAUUGUUAUGUAAAACCAUAGAUGCACUAACUGUCUAAUAUACAGCUCUGGAAAAAAAAAUAAGAGAUCUCUUAAAAAUUUAGUUUUUUUGUUUUGUUUUGUUGUUUUUUUUUACCAAAUUGAAAACCUCUGGAAUUUAAUCAAGAGGAAGAUGGAUGAUCUCAAACCAUACUGAACUGCCUGAUGUUUUGCACCAGGAGUGGCAUAAAGUUAUCCAAAAGCAGUGUGUAAGACUGGUGGAGGAAAAGAUGCAUAAAAACUGUGAUUAAAAACCAGGGUUAUUCCACCAAAUAUUGAUUUCUGAACUCUGAAUAUCUAAAAUAAAUGCCUAAACUAGAUGACAGUAUUUUAUCUGGAAGUUGGGAGAAAUGUCCAUAGUUUAUAGAAUAAAACAAUAAAGUUCAUUUUACUCAAACAUUUACCUAUAAAUAGCAAACUCAGAAAAACUGAUUCAGUCUCUUAAUUGUUUCCAGAGCUGUAUAAAAUAUAACAUUUUAAUCAUGAUAUGUGAGCUAUUUGAGUCAAGGUUUAUUGAAAGGACUAUACAUAUUCACAUAGCUAUUAUAUCCAACAUGUACUAAGCUAGUAUUAGUUUUUAUUCUUUUAUAUUUCACACACUAGGUUAGCCUUAAAUGUGGCUUAAAAAUACAAAUAAAUUAAACAAGAACAAACUGAUUUUUACACAUUUUACAAGCUGUAUUUCAUAAAUAUGAAUCAGAAUAUGAAUCUGAUCUGAUGAUUAUUACGCUGGGCAGGAACAGUCCUACUGGUCAGGAUCUUAUGAUGGGCGUGGUUUUACAGGGCAGCAGUUGAGUAAUCUCUGUGUUGUUGUAUUUGUAGUAUGUUUUUUUUCAACUGUGUUUUGCUUGAAUCUGUGUUUGAUUGCAUCCGACCUCUGAACCUCUCCUCUGAUUUUUUUUGGACCUUUGAUAGAAGCCCCUGAGUAAAGAUCAGUGGCUCUGACAGCUUCUCCUUAUCCUGCAAAUUUUUUAUGCCUUUCCAUUUUUUUUUUCUUCGUUUGAACCAUUAAAGCAAUACAUGUCAAAAACCCUUCAA